AUGGCUCAACUUCACAUGAACGAGCUUACAAGGAAGCCAACCCGACGCGAGCUUCGCAAAACUCUGGAUGUCUUGCCAGCAAAACUGGACGGAACCUAUGAUCAGGCUAUGGAGCGGAUCAAGAGCCAAGACGCCGGUGAUGCCAGUCUUGCCCACCAAGUUCUGGGAUGGAUUUCAACGACACUCAGACCACUAACCAUUGAGGAAUUACAGCAUGCUCUGGCUGUCAUGCCUGGAGAUCAGGAUUUGGACCCCGAAGGCCUCCACGACCCGGAACUUUUCGUUGCAAUUUGUGCCGGUUUGGUGACCCUGGAGGAAGAGAGCGGCUACGUUCGACUGGUUCACUUCACCACGCAAGAGUAUUUUGAGCGCCUCCGUUCGCAACUCUUUCCCGAUGCUCCUUCAAUGAUCGCAACGGCAUGUUUGACGUACAUGAUGUUUGACCCAUUUGUCCAAAGAUACUGCGCGGACGGAGAGGAGCUGGACCUUCGUUUAGACACCUACCCUCUCUUGGCGUGUGCUGCAGACUACUGGAGAAACCACGUACAAUACGAAAUGGAAGCGCCAGUCAAGGAGCUGCUCUGGGAGUUUGUGGACAACAUCUUGGCAUUUAUGACUGCCGAGCAAGCAGCGACAUUGACAGGAAAGAUGUCAGGCUAUUCAGAGUUGGGUCAUUCAACAGAGUACAGACUUUUGCCUCCAAACUGGGCCAGAUUUCACGUAGUAGCUUCGAUGGGACUGGUUGAGUUCGCGGCUGGCUUGCUUGAACAAGGUGCCGACGUCAACGUGCGGGGACCAGAUGGCAUAACGCCUCUGUUUUCGGCCGUAGAGUGGGACAGGGAAGAGAUGGUGGUGUUCUUACUGAAUUCAGAUGCCACUGCUUCGGUUUUCGCAAAGUCUGGGGGCAAGGACCCAAUGCCGCCAUUGGAGAUGGCGAUAAAGCUGAACAGUGAGGCAGCGGCGGAGAUGUUGUUCAACGCUGAAAGGACCUGGCAUCAGCAUCUCCUGAACAGCGGGCUUUUCGAUGCCACCGUGGAUGUCAACUUGAGGUUAAUGCAGGCUUGCAUCGAGAGAGGAGCAGACAUCAACGCGUACGUUCGCGUGGCAGAGGGAUCAGUUCUUUAUCACGUUGUAGGCGAGAACCGUAAAACUUGGUGGUUUUGUUCUCUGGUUCAAAGCGGAAUUGACAUCAACUUCGCAUGCCGGAGGGAUCAGGGUCACUACGGAUGUCUAGGAGGGCAGACUGCGCUCCAAGCCGCAUGCAGCAAUGGACUUGCUGCUAUUUGCAGACUCCUACUCGACAAUGGUGCCUGUCUGGGAAGCCAUGCAAAGACAACCGUUGAACUGGCAGCGAAAGCAGGGGACGUUGCAAUUAUAGAGCUUCUACUUGAGAGCAGCGUCGACCCUUUGACAACGGACGACGCAGUGUGCGCAGUCUUGAAGUCAGCCGCGACUGCUGGGAAUAUCGUAAUGAUCAGGGCUAUGCUAGCACGCCGAGAUUCGAUAACACCUGAUGCAAGGGAGCAGGCGGCACGCGAGGCUGCCUCUCGAGCUGAUCUCGAGAUUUUGCGAGUACUAUUUAGUGGCGAUAACGCACAGGAUAACGGAGAAAAUGGCUUGCAACCGCGCAUUUUGUUCAAGCACUUGGUUUGGGGCGAUGAAGGCGAGAUGCGGAUCUGGUUGAACAGGGGAGCAGAUCUCAACCAUGAGGUCAAGCCAGUGUUACCACGAGAUCCAUAUUUCCCCUCACCGAAUUGUCUAUUACCCGGUUGCCAUGACAAUGAGGAGGAGGGCGGCUACAUCUCCACGAUGCAUUUGGCAGUUGGACAUGGAAGUCCGCAAAUACUGGACCUGUUACUCGAGAACGGGGGAGAUAUCAACGCACGCAAUUACCUCGGAGAAACCCCACUGCAUUGGGCUACAUACCAUGAAUGCCAUAGUGAUAUGGCUUGCAUGAUACUAUAUCGUGGUGCCCUUGUGGAUCCUAGGUGCCAACGAGGAUUGACACCACUGCACGUUGCAGUACUGCGUAGGAAUUACCGGGGUAUCGAACUACUUCUUGAUGCUGGGGCAGACAUCGAAGCCAAGGAUCACGAUGGCGAUACCGCGUUCAAGAUGCUGGCUUCUUUCCGCCCCUGGCCAUAUCUCAAUUAUUCCGUACUAUACGAGGGUGGGCAGUUCAAGUGGGUUGAAGGGCACAUCGAUGAGCCGAACGGGCUAGCCAGCAACUCCGUGGAGCUCGAUAUUCUUCUGAAGAGAGGUGCGAAGACUGAUGUCCUUCAACGUUUGGUAUCAUUGCUAGAAUGGCCAAAUGCUGCAAACUAUCAAGCUAUGGAGCAAGUUUGUCGUCGAUUGGCGGAUGAGGGCUUCGACUUUACCCUUCCCACAAAAAAGGGAAUUCCUGCAGUGUACCAUGCGGCGAAGAGUUGUCCCACAGAAGUUCUUCAAGUCAUCCUACAGCAAGGUGCAAAAGUACACGAGAAGUUUAAUGGACUCACGGCCCUUCAUCUUGCAGCCAAAAGGUUUUCGCAUGCAAAGGUUAAUAUCCUUCUCCAGUUUGGCGCAUGUGCCGAGAGCAGAGACAGCAAGGGAAACACGGCCUUGUUCAAGGUGGUCACCAAGAGCGACCGACUUUCUUGGGGAUGCAGUCCACCGAAUACAGCGGAAGGAAUCAUUGACAUGUUAGUAGCUCACGGAGCAGAUUUACACACUCUCUGUGGUGCAAAGAAAGCGCCGGUGCUGCAUUACGCCGCCUUCAUGGGGGAUUUGACCAUCGUGCGCUAUCUUACUUGCAAAGGCGCGCGAACUGAUGUCACCGACAGAGAUGGACGGACUGCUCUGGAUUGGGCAAAGGAUAAUAAGCAGGAGGCCAUGGUGUAUCUUCUUACUCGUCUAAGCAGAGACCAGCAAAUACAAGUAAACAGUGAUGCACAGAUGGGACGAUACUAG